CGAGAAACUGCAUGUAUGAUACGAGUACUUCGUAUGAUCGUAUUCUUUGAGUGGAAUGUUAGAAGAUGAUGACUGAGUGAGUGGCUGACCUGAGAGUUCCAAUAAUUCAACCGUUACUUCCAUCCUCAACCCAUUCUCCAAACUGAGAGCUGACCUGAACAGCCGAUCAUUGCGAGGAAAGAAAUGGCGAGUGGGAAAGACGAUAACAGCGCCGUCGUAGCAGGCGAUGACCGCACUCAUCCAACAUCUGACACCUCCAUCAACGGUUCUUGCGGUUUCGACUCUCUGCAUCGCCUCCUUCAAGCUUCCCUCAGCCCCCAGCUCUUUCAGCAAGUCAACCGCUUGCUGUUGGGGAUGAAUUGUGGAAGAACGGUUGAGGCCAUUGAACUUCCUGAGCCUUCCCAAUCUCUGUCAACAAAGCAUGACUUUGAUCUUCAGGGAUAUGUCUUUUGGGCUGACAAAGAGUCACUUAGAGAACCUCGGAUUGUUAGGGUUGGUCUCAUUCAGAAUACGAUCGCUCUUCCUACAACUUCACCUUUCUUGGAACAGAAGAGGGCCAUAUUUCAGAAGUUGACACCCAUCAUUGAAGCUGCAGGGACUGCAGGAGUCAAUAUCAUCUGUCUGCAAGAGGCUUGGAUGAUGCCAUUUGCCUUUUGUACUCGUGAGAAGAGGUGGUGUGAAUUUGCUGAGCCGAUAGAUGGAGAAUCUACACAGUUUCUUCAGGAAUUUGCUAGAAAAUAUAACAUGGUCAUACUAAGUCCAAUUCUUGAGAGGGAUUUGAAACACGGAGAGACAAUCUGGAAUACAUGUGUUAUAAUUGGAAAUCAUGGUAAUAUAAUUGGAAAGCACCGAAAGAACCAUAUACCUAGAAUCGGGGACUUCAAUGAGAGUACAUACUACAUGGAAGGGAACACGGGCCAUCCUGUCUUUGAGACAGCUUAUGGGAAGAUUGCUGUUAAUAUAUGUUAUGGAAGGCAUCAUCCACUGAACUGGUUGGCAUUUGGGUUGAAUGGAGCCGAGAUUGUUUUCAACCCUUCAGCUACUGUUGGUGAACUCAGUGAACCAAUGUGGCCCGUUGAGGCUCGGAAUGCAGCAAUAGCAAACAGUUACUAUGUUGCUUCAAUCAAUCGAGUCGGAACAGAAGUUUUCCCCAAUGCGUUCACAUCUGGAGAUGGAAAGCCGGAACACACAGAUUUUGGGCAUUUCUACGGUUCCAGCCAUUUCUCAUCACCAGAUGCUUCAUGCACACCGUCUCUGUCACGUUACAGGGAUGGCUUGAUCAUAUCAGACCUGGAUCUUAACCUGUGUAGGCAACUCAAGGACAAGUGGGGAUUCCGGAUGACUGCACGUUAUGACAUGUAUGCUGAUUUGCUUUCUCGCUAUAUCAAACCAGAUUUCGAGCCACAAGUCAUUUGUGAUCCUUUGUUACAUAAGAAUGCAUCGUGAGAUGUUAUCAUGUUGCCUCUGACUCUUAGAAUCUCGGGAAAAAAUGGUGACAGAGUUGAGCUUAAAUAGUUUCUUGUCACGCUAAAUGUAAAGAAAUUGCUCUAAAUAAGAGUAAAAACGUUUGUGAAAUCCAAAAUCUUAUGUAUGUGUAUAUAAAUCUUGCUUUCAAUCAUGCCAAUGGUUGCACUUAUAUUUUGUUUGUCAUACUUUUCAAAGCUUUGGUCCAAUCAUGCCAACAAAUGAAUAGAGCAAAUAAAUAAGCCGUGAUAGUUUGGAAAAUAAAUCAGUCUUAUGUAAUAGUGAAAAAGUGCAACCAACAAGCCACAUAGUGCAUCAAAAUGAAAAUGCAACCAUUAUUAGUUUUCGUUGGAAAUUCUUCAAAACUAUAUAUACAGAAGAAUGAACACCUCCGAAGUCCGAAUUGCCGGAUGAAACAUGCGUCAGAACUUCUUUUAAAUCAAGGGUAUACCGUAAAUAUGAUAAA